CGACGACCGAUGUGAAUCGCCCGUCGCGCUCAGGAGACGGUAGGGGCAGCUCCGUGACGUGGCAACGCCACGCGACUCAAUGCCAGUGGCGCCUCUACCGGCGGCCGGCAAGCCGCUGGAGCACGAGACGGAGAAAGCACCGAGUUAUUUCGCCUGGACGACAUCGCCGCGCCGGGCGUCGCUCGAGAGCCUCUCGCAAGGCGACGAGCUCAAGCGCGCCACCAAGAUGCACCUCGAUCAGCUGCGCGUGUCGGCCGCGAGUUUGCAGCAGUCGUUGGCAGGCGGUCGCCUUGACGACCUCACAUAUCAGCGCCGGCUACAGUGCAAGGCUAACAUCGAGCACCUCGACCGACCGAGCGCCAUCACCUUUGUAUCCGAGCCGCUUGGACCGCCGCUGGCCGCGCUGUUGUCGCCACCGCCACGACUAAGUCGUCGGGCUGUCUUGCCCGCGAUGCCCGUGCACCCAUUGCCAGUACACAUCCUGCAUAACGAGUCGGCACCCAAGGACAUUCGGCAAGUGGUCCUCAAACCAUCGACGAAGAUCGCAACGAUCAAGUCGACCAAGAAGGUGCAUUUCGAGGCACCGAUCGUUGGUUGCUCCGCGCUGCAGGCGACGCUCGAAGCCCACUUGAAGCAGCGUCUGGCGCGGGAAAAGACGCAGCUGUUGCAGAAAACCCAAGCGCGGUCCCGACGCAAGGCCGCCAAAGCAACGUCCGGCGCAAUCGAGCGCCUCGAGCUGGUCAAGACGUCGACAAACAGCCCGAAAGAGGUGCCUACGACGACCUACGCGGCGUCGGUUCCAACGACGGUGGCGAACGCCGAUGCAGCUCCGACGAGCCGCGAGGCAGUUGCUCCAACGGUGAAGUCAAGCACCGAUCCCGCCGCACCAAAAGCCACAUGUGGCCACACUAGCAAAGUACUGGCCACGACGCCCAAGCCAGAGAGCGUCCAUCGUGUGCCGAGUCACAUUGUGCCCUACUUCCAUAAACGGCAUCGCUACACGAACCCGCUGCUGCUGCACCCGCGGUAUCCGGUUGUGCACCCGCGGCACCUGUAUACGACCGAGUACGCGGCAGCGUACUGCAAACCCAAGCGUCGGGCGCUAUUACUCAAGUAG